AAACUUGACUAUCAAACGUCUUGAAGAAGUAGAUACGUUGAGGAGAUGCCGCGCCGACUGCGUCGCGGUGACGGCGCUGCGCUGUUCGGUCUGCUGUGGGCGAUAUCAUGUUUGUUUCUUGUAGCGCUGCGCUUCUCUCCUCGCGACACCGCAGUUACUUCUCCUUCUGUCUCCAAGCCGCGAGUAUUUGAGCCGAAAUGGACGUCUGAUUCCGUUUCUAACGAGUUUCUAACAGGCAAGGCGACGCUGUCGCUGGUCGAGUCGCUGCCCGUGGGGGAUUUUGACUUGUCAUCGGAUGUCCCACAGACGUUCGAGGCUCUAACACGUCAUGUGAAGUCCGCUAAGCGCUCUAUCGACCUCAGCGCGAUGUACUGGAACCUGCUGGGCAAGGAGGACCGAAAAGUUUAUUCCGACGCCGAAAUGACGAAAUUCGGUGCUGACAGAGGCAAAAAUCUGCUUUUAGCAUUGAAAGACGCGGCGACUCGAGGUGUGAAGAUUCGAGUUUUAACGGCGAAACAGAAGAUUGAAACGGAUGAAAUGGAUAAAACAACUAAAAUGCCAUGUAACCCUCUGCCGAGUGAGGUGCAAAUGCUGGCGGAUUCAGCGAAGAAUAAUGUUCAAGUGAGAUGCUGGAGUGGCCCUGACUGGUAUGGUAACGGCAUUCUGCAUCAGAAGAUAUGGAUCUUUGAUGAUAGUCAUGUGUAUGUGGGGAGUGCCAACAUGGACUGGAAGUCUUUGGCUCAAGUGAUGGAGGUGGGCGUGCUCAUGGAGAAUUUAUCUGCAACAUCCGAGGUGAUUCAAGACAUGCAGAAGCUCUUUAAGACCUGGUGGAUGUUUGCGUCUCCUGAAUUGCUGCCGGCCAAGACGGAUAACUACUUUUCAGAGAGAUUUCAACAUAAAUUACAAGUGCCAAAAUGGUCGUUGUAUCUGCCAGAGAACAGGAGAAUUGAAGAUCCAUUCGUGAAAGCCGGGUUUUCGGCAUUAGCCAAUAUUUCGCACCAAAUGCAGACCUCGUUUAGUACGAUUUCGAAUGGGAAUGAUACUGAGCGAGGUGCUGAAGCAGCGGAAAUGUUUGUUGCGGCUGCACCUCUGGAAGCGACAGCUGCACACUCGAGAGCUUUUGACGAAGACGCACUGGUAUACACGAUCCGAUCGGCCAAGUCUUUCGUCAGUCUUAGUGUCAUGGAUUUUGUGCCGUUCUCGAUGUAUACACCCGGGCCACUACACUGGCCAGCACUUACUGAUGCACUACUGGCUGGAGUGUACAGCAAACCGGGACUGCAGGUGCGUCUACUGAUCAGUCAGUGGCAGCAUACCCGCCCUCAAAUGCUGGAAGCACUUGCCACGCUGAAAAAGCAGGCAAAUUUGUGUCAGCACACGCGCGCUCGAUGUUCCGGUAGACUUGAGAUCAAGAUUUUCCGAGUCCCUGGUUGGCAGAACACCACGUCCAGUGCUGACACGAAAGCUUCCUGGCCGUCCUACACCCGCGUGAAUCAUGCCAAAUACAUUGUCACCGAUACUCGCGCGAAUGUGGGCACGAGUAACAUGGAAUGGGGAUAUUUCUACACCACGGCAGGUGCCAGCGUCAACACGAACCAUGAAUCUACACGAAAAGCACUCGAGCAUGUGUUCGAGAGAAACUGGAACUCGAGUUAUGCUAAACGUUUGGAGGAAAUUGUUUGGGAAUCGUAAGGAUUUUGCGACACACUGUAUGUGGAUUCAUCAUACACCGACUACCUAACGACAAAAUAAUAAAUAUUCAUGUGUCGGUGUUCACUGAUCUAUCUAGCUUCACCGUUUCUCCA